UUCACAGAAUGGCUUUAGGGCCUUUCCUCCAGGCGGUAAGAGGAUCUGCGUGUGCCCUUCGCAGGGGUCCAAAGGGAGAGAACCUAGGCCUAGGGUUUCGGGGAUACUGACACCCAGAAACAGAUUUUCUCUCAAAGAAGUUUCUGCCGCCAUCCCUAUCUUAUCAGCAGGAGGCCCGGCGCCAUCGUCUCCGUCUUUAUGGUUUUAUUAUGGGGAGGUGGGAAACGCCACCCUGGAUUCCUCCAGGCCUCCCCUAUUCAGCUUGGGGGUUCCCCCUCAUUCUUCCCUCAAAGCCUCAGUCCCUGAGGUCCUUCUCAGCACCCCCCGCUUCUGGCGGCCUGUCCCCCGUGAAGUGUAAAGACACGGCCGAACCCACCGGCCUCGCCGUGAAGGCGGGAGGGCCCGAACCCGCCAGGGCCACGGCGAUGGCUCCGAGGGGCCCAGAAAGGGGAAGGGCAGGCCGGGAACCGGGGCAGAAUGACCUGGCCGGGGAAGAAAGGAAAAAAGGAGGUGAGGAGAUGCACCGCACCGCAGGGCUGCACAGAGAAGGGAAGAUGAUGAAGGAGGAGGAGGAGGGCGGUGGCCCGGGUGCGGCCCCCCACUCCUCCCGCCCCCGGGUCCCCGGGCCGGCGGGGGCGGACGGACUCGGCCCAUUCCCAGGUCUGGACUGGCGGGGGGUUGGGGGAUCUCCCUCCACACUACUAGGAGAUAGAGAACGAGGGUAUCGGGAGCGCGGGGGGGCUGUCUCCCGCCUGAACCCGGAGACCCCGACGCCGUCGUCGCCUCUUCCUCAGGAGGGAGGACGGGAGCUGUGGGUAAAGCCCGAAGGAGGAAUGCCUGAAGGAAUCCUCAGUGGCGGAACCCAAAUGGAAGACAGAGGGCACAGCAAGCAGCCCCUUGUAGCUCCCACAGGCGGCCCCGGGGCAGAGAGCAGGAUGGAAAAGAGGAAAUUGAUGGACACAGAUGUAAAAUGGAAUGGUCAUGGAAACACGUUCCAAAACUCGAGGAGCUUUUUGGUUUGUUUGGGUCUUUUUUGUUUUGUCUUGUUUUGUUUUUUGAGACAGAGUCUCUCUCUGUCACCCAGGCUGGAGUGCAGUGGCAGGAUCUUGGCUCACUGCAGCCUCUGCCUCCUGGGUUCAAGCAAUUCUCCUGCCUCAGCCUGCCAAGUGGCUGGGAUUACAGGAGCAGGCCACCACGCCCAGCUAAUUUUUGUAUUUUUAGUAGAGACGAGGUUCCACCAUGUUGGCCAGGCUGGUCUUGAACUCCUGACCUCAAGUGAUCCACCUGUCUCGGCCUCCCAAAGUGCUGGGAUUACAGGGGUGAGCCACAGAGCCUGGCCCAAAACUUGCGGAGUUUUAACAGAAGCUAAAGGAGAAUAUAUAAGCUUAACUGGUUAUAUUAGAGAAGAAGACUGGAAAAUAAGUAGCUCAGCAUUUAAUCAAGAAGUUAAUAAAGGGGCCGGGCGCGGUGGCUCACGCCUGUAAUCCCAGCACUUUGGGAGGCCGAGGCGGGCGAAUCACGAGGUCAGGAGAUCGAGACCAUCCUGGCUAACACGGUGAAACCCCGUCUCUACUAAAAAUACAAAAAAUUAGCCGGGUGAGGUAGCGGGUGCCUGUAGUCCCAGCUACGCGGGAGGCUGAGGCAGGAGAAUGGCAUGAACCCCGGGGGGCGGAGCCUGCAGUGAGCCGAGAUCGCGCCACUGCACUCCAGCCUGGGCGAAAGAGCGAGACUCCAUCUCAAAAAAAAAAAAAAAAAGAA